AUGCAGUGUGCCCUGGAUGCUGGGGGGCCCGGCCCCAGUAGAACCUGCACUGACCAGUUCUCCCUGCUAGCUGAAGACCAUGGAGCUGGGCAGGGCAUUGUGGGCCCUCGGAGGCGGCAGGUGAAGCAGCAUGUGGCGUCUGCCCUCUCCGUGGAGGGAAGGCUUCCUGUGCAGAGGCUGGGAGGGGCUGGAGGAGUGGCCACUGGGCUCCAACAACCAGGCCUUCUCUCCUUCUGGGGUCAUGGGUGGGGACUCUCCCCACCCACUCAAACUCCCAGAAGGACAAGACCCUCCCCCAGCAGUCUCAGGGUGCCCAGUUCUCCUUCUGGGGCCCUUCAGCCUUGGACAUCGCCCAACCCCUCCUCCAGAGCCAGGCACGUGGCCAGCCCCCUCCCUUCGCCUCGUCUUCCCACUGUGGCAGCUCCAAACAGGGCCAGGUUCAGGUGUCCAGAGGCAGAUCAGCCACCGGGCCACACGUUCACAAGCUCCUCCUGGAGUGUAAUUGUAUAUAACACCUGUCUCACAGGGGCAGGGGCUAAUGGUGCUGGGGUGGGGAGCCCAGAGUGCAGUGGGGUCCAGGACCUCACCCAGCCAACCCAACUGGGGUCCUGCAAUUCGGCUUCCACAGGGGCACAGCACCGUGGCACCGACCCCCAGCCUUGGUCCAGUUGCCAUGGGGAUCGAGCCUCGACCAGGCCAGCCACUGGGGUGAAGGGCUGCGGGAAGGCCUGGCAGGGCUGGAGGCCCAGCUGCAGCAGCCAGGGAAGGGGCUGCGGUUACGUAAGCCCUCCGGGGGUGGCGGCGACGCUGUCCCAAGCCCCCUCCCCGCGUCGUCCUCAUUGUGGCCUCCGCGGUGUUGUGGCCUGGCCCCCUACCCGCCCUGUAAGCCUGGCCCGGCACACACACCUUACCUGGGCCCGGGCUCCUGGCUCAUGCCACGCUGUCCACCGGGCGUCCUCCCGUCAUGGGGAGCCCGGCAUGGGCACCGGCGAAGCGGGGAGGCGGCCGAGGUGCUGGUCUGGCAGGCAGGGCCCGGCCGCGCCCCGCGCCCGGCCUGGCCGGGCCCCCUCUGCCGCGCCUCGAAGAAGAGCUCCCGGGUGGGAGAGGAUCGGCCGCCCCGAGCCUCCCACCAGGGAGGCUGAGGCUGUGCCCAGAUAAAUAAGGCCGCUUUGCAGGGAGCCGGGCGGGCGCCUCCUCCCUCCCCUCGCCCUCCUCCUCCCCGCCCUCCUCCUCUGCCCUCCUCCCCGCGCUCCUCCCCGGCCGCCGGCGGCGCCGCGC